UGUGACAGCGCCGGUUAUUCACGCAAGAUUAUGCUGCCAGCACUAUCCACACGCAACGGUGCCCAUGUAUACGCGAAGGUCAGCCGGUCACGCGGCCGAUAACAGUGAUGGCGGGAAAGCUGUAUCCACACCCUGAGUCCUCAGAAGCGCCGCAAAAAGACCCAGCGUUGGUUCACGCGCUAUAACCUGCAUACAAGCGAAGCGCCACGCCAACGAUGCAGUCCAUCAAGACCCACGCACUCAAAGUGCUGGUUAUACAAACUUAGCUUCCCUAUAGUUACCAAAAAUCAAUACUGCUACUGUGGCAGCCAAUAGUGUUCAGCAGAGUAGCGACAAAUGAAAUUGGUUUACGUGGCAGAGCCGGUCAAGUUGCUUGACCCGAUUGCGAAACCGAGUGCUUGUCUGUAUACAUAAACGAUGAUAAGUUUAUGUGUAAUUAUAACAUUCAGUAAUAGCAUAAAUUCAUACUAGGAGAACGUGGCUCCAGGAUUUCGCCCUGCGCUAGACCUCUGCGGCUUCGCGCAUAACGGCAUAACGGGGAACGUAUGCAAACAAACCGCCUCACGAGCUUUAAAUUUGAAUAUAAGCUUUAUAGCUCUCCAAGACAUUGUCGCCAACCCCCGCACGGUUGUGGACUGUCGGCUGACAGGCAGAAGCGAGCUUGUGCUUGAGGCAGCACGACGUGGCCCAUUGGCGAUGCCGCACCACCAAAAGGAAUUUGCUGCAGCAUGGCUAUCAGAUGAGGGUACACUUGUUGUUCACCUGUUAUAGAUAGCGUUUCCCUGGACAGCGGCGCACAGGGUUAAUGUCCCUGACGCCCCAGCAUGAUGCUGGCUCAACGUUGACCGUCCUCGCACUCUGCUCUCUCCUGGCAGCUCUACCCUGUGUGUUCGGACAGACUGGGGCUCAUGGCGGCAAUGCGACCGAACAGCUCCUGCUAUGCGGUCUGUCCCCGGCCCUCCCCUCAUUUGCGUCCAUAGCGGCCGACCACUCGGCCGCCGCCAAGCUACAGAGUGCGGACAGCGGCGUGCUGCAGCCCACGCGGCUGCUCCACGGGGUCCUGGCCCAGGCGGCGCUGCAGGGCCCGGUGGCACCAGGCUUGGACGCCGUCCUGGCAGAUGAAGCUUUGUCGGUGGCCGCUGAGGGCUGGUGGGAGGGCGCGCAGUUCGUAGCAGCGCCUGGGGGUGUCGGUGGGGCAGGGACGGCGUUGGCGCCCGCAGCUUUGUCCGCGGUGGCGGUUGGGGAGAGUGAGCUGUCCGUGCUGCCCCUGCUCCGCUCUCACGCGGCCGGCAACACCAGCUGGCUGCAGCAGCUCAACGCCUCCGCCGCCGCGGGGGCCGAGCUGCCGGCCGAGCUGCUCACGCCGCGGCUAGGCAGCGCUGACGGCCCCGCGGCGGCGCCGCUGCUAUUGCUCUACCGCCGCGACUGGUGGCAGCGGCUGGUGGCGACCGGGGGCGUGGGCAGUAACAGCACUGGCAGCGGUGGUCCUAACGCCACGGCUGCCGAGCAGCUGCUUCCCCCCACCUGGGACCUGCUGGUGCAGCUGCUGAGCGCGCUGCGGAACUCGGACCUAGACGGGGACAGGCAAGCCGACCACGUGCUUUGCGCCGACCUGCAGCCGGGCUGCAAGGGCUGGGCGCUGCUGGCGGCCGUGUAUGCGUCCCUGGCGCAGACGCACGGCACGCAGCAGGGCAUCUGGUUCAACGCCACCGACCUGAGCCCCGCGGUGGGCGGCCCCGCCAUGCAGGCCGCGCUGCAGACGUACGCGGCCCUGGCAGCCAGCAACGCAGCGCCGUUUACGCCGGGCGGUGCGGCGGUGUCACUCAGCAAUGUGAGUGUGUCGACUGAGGAGCUGUUGCGGGGUGGUGGCGGCGAGCUGCCCACGGACGGGAGCGCACCGGCGUGCGGGGCUGUGAAUCCGCUCUUUGCCGCGGGCCGCUGCCUGUUCACCAUUGACUGGGCCACGGCGGUGCUGCGGCUGACGCGGGACCGAGCACCAAACACUUGCGGUCAGCUGGGUGUCACCCUGCUGCCGGGCAGUGGGGCCGUGGCGCCGGUGUCGCCAACCCCCGUGCUUGGUGCGGCGGCGGCGGCAGGUGCUGGCCCCAGCACCAACAGCAGCAUUGACGGAAGCGGCCCUGGAGGGACGGGAGGCAGCACAGGAUCACAGCAGCCCCAGACCUGCACAGCUGCCGCCUGCCCGCACGCGGAGGAGGUGUCCGUGCCGUCACGCCUCCAGGACCUGCUGUUGCGAGGCAGCCCGGCAGGAGCCGCAGCGCCACCGCCGCCGCUGCUAGUGAACCGCGCGCCGCUGCUGGGCGAGGGCAGUGGGGUGUGGUUGCUGGCGCCCAACCAAACACUGCUGCAGUUGGUGCGCGUUAGUGAAUUCGUAAGGCGUGUGGGCUUUCAACUAGAUCUCAAAUUGCAGCUGCUACAUGAUGACAACGCCACUGCCCGCCUAUGUCAGCGGGAGCUGCAGAAUCUGGCGCUUGCACUGGCAACCGAACAUCAGGGCGGCUCCAGCGGCACCGGCAACGGAACACCACCACCAUCACCAGCCGUAUCCAACGGCGGAUGCACAGCUGCCGUAGCAACAGCCGCGGCCGCCAUGCCGCCGCCUGGCGCGGUGUUGGACACGGCCUCGGCUGGGCCCCUGAUGACGACGGCGCCGGCCACAUCAGCCCGCCUGUCCGGGUCCUACGCCGCUGCGGCCGCUGCAGCCACCGUGGGAGGGCUGUGCGGUGGGCUGCUGCCGCUGCUGACGGGGGCCCGAGUACUGCCCGCAGACUACAGCGCAAUAGGGGGCGGGGCUGCCGGUGGGCUGCAGCUGGCAGCGGCCGGCAGCAGCCUGGGCGUUGCGGGUGUGGUGGCAGGAAGCAACCCGGCGCAGCAGCAACAGGCGGUGGAGGUGGUGGGCUUAGACCCGAAUGACCUCACGGCCGUGCGGCAGGCCAUCCUGCGCGCCCUGCGGCACGCCAACAGCGCUCUGGACAUGCAACUGCCGUACAGCUCCCGGUACAGACGGGUGCUCGACGACAUGGCGGUGGCGGCACUCCACGCGGCGGCGGCAGCGGCCAGUGCCACAGUCGACACGGCUGAUCCCGUUGCCAGCCCCGCGCGCCUGCUGCUGGCGGCUGAUGCCGCUGGGCCGGUGGCGGCGGCGGUGGUUGCAGAGCUGGCGGCGAAUGCAUCUCGCCAGUUUGGGCGCAUCGCGCUUAGCGCUUUCCCGUACGCCGCUAUCACCCAGCGCCUGUACUGGAGCUCCAUCGGCUUCCGGCCGCCCGCCAACAGCACCGGCGGACCCAAGUCGAGCGGCGGACGCAGCGACGGCGCCGGCGCUCCCGCCCCCAGCGGCCAGCCGAGUGCAGCGUUGCGCAUAGGCCUGCCGGUCGCGGUGGCUGUGGGCGGGGCACUGGCCUUUGCACUGGUGGGGCUGGUGUGCUACGUGUUCGUCAUUGCGCCGCGGGGCGCCCGCGCGCGCAGCAAGAGGUACCGCGCGGCUCAGCCGCCGGGCGCGGGGCCGGCCACCACACUCAUCAUGACCGACGUGCAGAACUCCACACUGCUGUGGGAGGUGCUGGAGGGCCACGUCAUGGACCACUGCCUGUCGCUGCACCACCGCAUCAUGCGCGAGGCCAUCGCCGCCAAUGCGGGACAUGAGGUGUUCACGGAGGGCGACGCCUUCGCGGUGGCCUUCCACGGGCCCGACGACGCGCUGGGCUUUGCGCUGGAUGUGCAGAUGGCUCUGCUGGAGCAGCCCUGGCCGCGAGAGCUGCUGCAGCAGCCGGACGCGGCGGAGGUGUGGGUGGCGCGCCGCAGCCCCUCCACGGCCCCACAGCCGCUGCUGCUGGCAGCCCAGGCGCAACCACAGCCGCAUGCGCAGCAGCAGCAGCAGCAGCAACCUGCCGCCGUGCCCGUGUCCCUAGGCCGCCUGCCCUCCAGUCUGGGACAGCUGGGCUCGCCUACCGACGUGGCAUCACUUAUCGACGGCGCCGGCAGCCACCCCGCUAGGACCGCUGCGGCGAUUCAGUCCAGCCCGACCGAGGACCUGGCGUCUCCUAUACGGUGGCCCCAGCGCUCCGCCACCCAGCUGCUGCCGCCGCCGCAAUUCACCUCAACCUCCGGCGCCUCUGCCUUGGGUUCCGCCAGCUCCCCUUGGAAUACCACGGCGGGCGGCGGCAGCACUGUGUCCGGCACUGAGCGCGGCAGUGACGGCUCGCGCUGGUCGGCGGUGCCUGCCGCCGUGGCCGGCCAUGCGCGCGGCGGCGCACCGCGCACCGGUGCUGCUGCGGCUGCACCUCCUGCGGCCGGCACCACUGGCAGCAGCAGCAAGGCUGUGGGUAAGGAGGUGAGUCAGGACCGGCGCCGGCUGGUGCGCUGGCAGUCGGAGCCGCGCAAGUCCACCACAUGGCUUGGCAUGCAGCAGGAGCAUGAGCAGCAGACCCUGCUACAGCAGGCGCAGACGGGGGCUGAGAAGCCCAAGAAGCAAUCGGUAUCACUCACAGGCGGUGUUGUGCCAUUCGCUGGCGGUGGCGGUGGCACUGGUGGGGAUGGGGAUGGGGACGAGGUGCUAUCGCGGGCGCUCCGGCAGGGGGCAGAGGAGGUCGCGAUGCCGUCUCCUUUCGUCAGGGCGCAGCAGGUAGCUGUGAGGAUGGCAACUGUGUCAAGGGCUGCGGCGGCGGCGGCAUUAGGUGCCGGCAAGGCGGACGUGGGCGGCGCCGGGCAACCCGCCGGCUCCCCCGUGCAACAUGCUGCUGCGGCUGCUGCUGCUACAUUGGUUGUUGGAGACGCCGAAGUCAGCAGCAGCGGCUACGGCGCACCGACACUGCGGCCGCAGGACCCUGCUACAAGUGACGUCCGCCUGCAGGCCGCCGCGGCCACAACGGCAUCAGAAGCAACGGCUGCCGGCCGGGGGGCUACCCAGCCCCCCCUGGUGGCAGGUAGUGGCAGCAUCGGCAGUGGCGCGGCUGCGACUGCGGGCGCACCUGCUGCGGGUGUGUCUGCAGGUGAGGCGCUGCGGAGCACAUCCUGGAGGCGCCGGGCCGCGCGUGCCGCCGCCGCCGGCGCCGCGGCCCUGCCGCCGCCUGAGGCCGUCAUUGAGGAGGAGGGCGACGAGCAAGCCCCACAGCAGGCGGAACAGGAGGAUCAUCAGCGCGGCAGCUGCUUCUCCGACCCGGAUGUGGCGGCGGCGGUGCUGCAGGAGGCGGGCAGCGCAGGCGACAUGUCCGCUGCCGUCGCGGCCGUCCGUUGGGCCGUGUCCCCGGCGGUCUCUGUCCGCGAGGGGAGCAAGUCUCGGGAAGGGGAGGCGCAGGCCAGUGGGCGCACGCUUGGCCAACUGGCAAGCACUGCCGCCAAGCCGUCCGGUCUGUCGGGUAACGGUAGCAGCGGCACCAGCAGCAGCCAAGGCGCGUUGCGGGGCGCGCGGCGCGCCCGGCUGCCUGCGGUGGAGGACACGCCACCUGAGGUGGAGUCGGAGUGGCAGUCGCUGGUCACCUGGGAUGCGUCCCCCACGCCCACGGCGCAUGUGCUGCUGCCGCAGCAGCCGGUAACGGUGUUCAGCCCCUCGGGCCACCACGCGCCGCCCAGCGGGGCAGUCCCCGGAGCCACAGCAGCAGCAGCAGUCGGCGUGGUGGCGCCGCCCUCUGCCCCCGCCACCAAUGCCUUUGCGGGCGCGGGCCGCGCCCUUAUGGCCGCGACCCGGCUGGCGGGUCAGAGCGGGCGGCGCCUGCUCCGCUCCAGCACACUGCCACAGAAGGCUGCUAUGCCACCGCAGCAGCAGCAGCAGCAGCAGUGUGGGUAUGAGCCUGUGGCGGAGGAAGGGGCGUCUGGCAUGGGCGACCUCCUGCCAGAGACAGCCUCCCUGCAGCAGCGGCUAUCUGCCUACAACCAAGCGGACAGCCUUGCUAGUACUGCCGUGAGCAUCUCCCGCCCGGUUGCUACUCCCGACGGCACUGCAGCGGGCGCUACUGCGGCUGCCAUGGUGGCGGGAGGUCUGGUGGGGCGCAUUAGCAGCCUGAUGAUGCUGGCGCCCACACGCAGCGGCGGGGCAGGCAGCAGCGGAACGGGGGUGUCCAUGCAGGCGGCGAUGCAGGCCGCCGGCAGCGCCGGCCGGGAGGCCGGCGGCGGCGGCGGCGGCGGCGGCGGCGGCGGCGGCGGCGGCGGCGGCAUCAACAGCAGCCCCAUUGCGGGCUCCAGAUUGACCCACAGCGACUCGGGCAGGUGGCACCUGCAGGGCCCGCGGCUCCAGGGGCAGCAACAGCAGAGGUCCCACUUGUCCAGGGGGGCAGCUGCGCCCUCCGACUUUGGUGCGACCGCGCAUGCGGACCUGCUGGCAGCUGCCGACGCCCCGGUGGCGGCGCGGCGGCUGCAGCACCCCCCCGGCUACAUGUGGGUCGCAUCCGCGCCGCCGCCAGAGCACAUGGCCCACAUGGCCCACGUGGAUCACAUGGCUCAGGGCCCCCUGCCGAUGCAUUACGGACAGCAGCAGCAGCAGCCGCCGCCGCCGCAACUCCACAGCUCCUUCAAACGCCUGUUUGCCAAGCUCGUGUCGGUGCGCAUGCCGUCACUGCUGCGCCGCGGCGGCAGCCCCGGCUCGCCCCACGCCAGCCCCGGCACGCCCUCUCCACCGCUCGCCGACCCGCAGCACCACCAGCCGCUGCCGCAGCCGGUGUACCCUUCCCAGCUGCCGUACCCGGGUGGCGGUGGGGCGGACUCGGACGGCCAACUGCUUCUGCCCUCAACGGCAGGGGGCGUGGGGAGCGGCCGCAACCCGUUGCGGUCAUCGCCCUCGCCCUGGACCGCGUUGGAGCAGCAGGUCUUAGCGGUGGCAGCACUGCGCGGCGGGCUUGGCGGGCGGCGCGGCGGCGCGGCUGGAGGCAGUGGCGCGGGCGGCGGCAGCACGGGCCUUCCGGGCGCCAUCACGGCACCCGUGGAGCUCAUGUCCGGUGGCCGGGUGAUGGUGGGUGCUACUGCCGCCGCUGCUGCCGGCACUGGAAGUCCGCUGAUGUCGAGCGGCGGGGUAGGUGGCGGCAACGGCGGCGGCGGCGCGCUGCCGCGUGCGUCCAUCGAGGACCUCCACCCGACGGUGGCCCGUACGGGCUCCCGACUGGGACUUGACCAACGGCAGCAGCAACAGCAAUUCUUGCUACAGCUGCAGGUGCAGCAGCAGCUCCUGCAACAACAACAACAACAACAACAACAACAACACCAGCAGCAGCAGCAGCAGCAGCAAAUGUUGAGCCCCGCAGCUUCGGUGGCGGAGCGGCCUCCACGCCAGCUGCUGUCGCCGUUGCGGCCUCUGCCAGCAGCCGCAAGCACCGAGGGCCGCAGCGGCCGUCGCGGCUCGCCUGCGGCCCUGUCGACGCGCGCCUCGGCGGACCGGGAGCAGGCGCUGCUGCUGACCGUCCUGCGCCUGAUGCGGCCAGACGAGAGGCGGCAGCAGCUGGCGCAGCUGCGGCAACAGGCCCACGAGGCGUCCUUUAGUGCGGGCACCCUCCUGCCACCGCGUGCGGCGUCCGUGACCGCCGGUAUGCCGGUAGCGGGGAGGCCGCUGCGCGGCGGGGCUGUCAUGCUGGGCGCUGCUGGCACGGAUGACCUGCCGCUGGGGCCGGUGGACAUCGAGGCAGGGCCGCGGCGCCCUCUGCCGCGGCCGCUCAUGGUGGGGCCUGACGUCGUCCGCAUCGGCAGCACUGUCAGCGGCGAACAGUACAGGGGAGCCGGCGGCUCCCAUGCGGCUGCGGACGCGCCCGCACAUGCUGCAGGCAUGGAUCUUGCUGACACUGACGCUCCUGGCGCCGACGAGCCGCCUGCAGGCGCGCGGGAUCUCGUGAGCGUGGGUGACCUGCUGGCGGCGGCGGCCAGCGCGGCAGGCGGCCGCAGCGCCAUCGUGCCGGGGCUGGUGUCGCAGUUCUUUGCGUCGCUGUGGGCCGACAUCAACAGCGCCGCGCACGAGGCGGCGGCCGUGAUGCGGGCGGGUGUUGGCGUAGGCUCGCCCGGCGGCGGUGGCGCACUGCCGCUGCUUGAUGAGCGCCUGCACAGCGGUGCUCGCAUGCCGCCACCCAGCUUCGGUGAUAGCCAGACCUCUGGCGCGGCGUCUUGUGGCGGCGGCACUGCCACCGCGGGCGGCAGUGUGUUGGCUGCAGGUGCGGCAGCGGCCGCAGAUGUCGGUGCAAACGGGGCGGAUAGGCGUGUCUCCACGGGCGGCCAGCAGCGCUCUGCAAGCGAGCAGCGCGUGUCAGCGGCUCCUGCAACUGCAGUGCCCCGCGGCGGCACCCCGGCCGCCGCCUCUCCUGUGAUGGCAGGCGGUGGCGGGCUGCUGUCAAUGGCGGCGGCCACGAUCGCUGACGCUCUGCGGCCUCUCUAUGAGCGGCUGCGGAACGAGGACGUACCCGCUCUGCUGCAACAGCAACAGAGCCCGCAGCAACAGGCCGUGCGCGGCACCUUCAGCGGCCUAGAGGCAGGGGGUGGUGGCGUUCCAGCAGCCGGUGGCGGCGACCGCCCGUCCGGCAGCAAGACGCCGCGCUUCAUGCGGCGGCUCAGCAUCGGCGGCCUGAACUCGUCCGCGCCCGCUGCAGCGGCCGCGUCCAUGACCGCGGCCGGGCCUGGUAGUGGUGGCGCGGGCGGUCCGCAGCAGCAGGGCGAGCCGGUGCUGGCGUUCCGGGGCCUGCGUGUGCGCGUGGGGCUGCACUCGGGGCCGCGCACGCACGAGGUGUUGACUCUGGUUCAGGACGGCAUGGCGGCGGCGGCCUUCACCGGCGACUUCCUGCUGGCCGCCAAGGAGGUCAGCGACGCGGCCAUGGGUGGUAUGGUGGUGCUCAGCGGGAGCGCCUUCCGCGCGCUGCAGCAGCAGCUGCGCAGCGGGGCGGCGGGUGUGGUCGCGGAGUGCGCCAUGCUGCUGCACCUGGGGCAGCACGUCAUCAAGCCGCCGCAGCUGGAGAGGGACAGCGAGUCGGUCAUUGGCCGGGCCGCGGCAGCUGCAGCUGCAGUAGGACAAAGCACCCUACCACCCCCCCAACUGCCGCCCGCCACCCGCGAUCUGUAUGCCGCGGUGUUCCCCGCCCUGGCCUGCCGCCUGGCGCUGCUGCCGUCGCCCGUGCGCACGCACUCGGAGCUGGUGCCGGGCUGCCUGUCCGCGCCCGCCGGCCUGGUGGCGCCCGUGUUCUGCAAUGUGGUGGGCGUGGAGGCGCUGCUGGCCUGGGAGGCGCUGGUGCAGGAGAGGCUCAUGCGCGCGGCGGCGGUGGCGUCCGCAGCUGCACUCGCGCCCUGCCGCCCUCUGGAGGGCCCGGUCGCAGGUCCCAUGGCCUCUGUGCUGGGCUUCCCAGGUGCCUCAGGUGGCAGUGCGAUGCCCUUCACUGGCGCUGCAGGAGGCAGCAUCUUGGGCUUUGGAAUGGGCCAGCCGCCAGGCCUGAUGAUGGGCAGCGCUGCCGAUUGCAGCGGGGUUGGCAUUGUGCGCGCAGCCCUGGAGAUGUUUUGCGACAUGGCGCAGGAGGCGGCGUCUCGCCACGGGGGCUAUGUGGUAGCCUCGUCCGCGGACGGCGGGCACUGGGUGCUUGUGUUUGGGUGUGCGGAGGCGGCGGUGGGCUGGGGCCUGGAUAUGCUGCAGGCCAUGCUGACGGCGGAGUGGCCGGACGGGUUCCUGGAGCACGAGCUCACAGAGGAGGCGUGGGAAGGCGGGCGGCUCGUGAAGCGCGGUCUGCGUCUUCGCAUCGGUGUGGACUACGGCCGGGCCAUGGUGCGUCUGGUGCCCCGCAGCGGCCGACUGGACUACGUGGGGAGACCCAUGAACCGGGCAGCGCGCAUCGCGGCCAAGGCAAAGGCGGCGUCGCUGCUGGUGAGCGACGCCGCCUGGUCCGCCGCCCGGCCCACGCUGGGGUCUGGCGUGGCCGCCACCAACCUGGGCACCAUGCAGCUCAAGGGCGUCAAGGAGCAGCUGGAGCUGUGGGCGCUGCGUGUGAAGCAGGAGGCCGAUGGCAGGGGAGGCGAGGACGAGGAGGCGGAGGAUAAGGAGGAGGGGGUGGAGCAAGGGGCGCCUUGACCGGGGACGGUGCGUGCAUUGUGAUGAAGGUUCUUAUGAUGGCCCUGCCUAGCUGACGGCAUACGGUUGCCGGCUUCGUUCACCACCUGCUCAGUUCUAGCGGUUGCGCAGUACUCAGAGCUCAUCCAAGUCGGAAAAGAGAGAUUUGGUGGAAGGGACAUGUGCGCCGUUACCGUCAAUUGUCCAUGGACGCGCGAAGGCACUUCUCGCUCCGCCCGAAUUUUCCCUGCCACCAAUUUUCGCUUCGGUGCCAUGGCUGGUGCGGACGCGUCCACUGGGACGCGUCCACUGGGGGUUGUCCAAACUUCAAGCAAAAAUGUCGAUUGUCUGCUUCUCCGCUGGUCGCGAGGUUGCCGUCUGGCGUAUGACAAGCCUUGUUCACAGUCAAGAUUCACAUUACGUGCGACUGUAUGGAUGCGAAUUACAAUUGAAGGGACAGUCCGACAAGCGGGGGCACACCGUACCCACGCCGCGAGGGUCCGUCUCCGGCCCAGAGAGAAACACGGUAUGGGGCUGCCAUGUGAAAGGCAGUCGAGAUGUUGGCGGUGAAAUUGCCCGGCAAAGGAGCAUAGCCAGACCCGCUUGGCAAUUGAAGCCGGCGGUGCAUGUGUGCGCAGACAAUUUUUGCCCGGUUAGGGAGCAUUGUCCACAUUCAAGCGUAGGCAUGGCAGGACAUAUUGAACACCGACCACGCU